AUGUAUCGGUGGGAUGUCGUGGAGGUAGGGAAUGGGAAUCAUUGCGAUUACUUUCAUCUUCGUGAACUUCUUAUGACUCACGCACUACACGAUCUUCUUGAAACAAGCCACACUAUUCAUUAUCACAACUAUCGCGCGGAUAAACUUCGUUCGAAUGGUCGUCCAGAAUCAAUUUUAGCCUGCGACGAAUCUUACGAACACAGAAUCGAACGAAGUAACAAAACAUGGUAG